ACUAUAAAUUAUAUAGCAAUGAAUUUUUUUAUAUAAAAAAUUAUAGAAUUAAUAAAUAGUAAAUAGAAAGUAAUAAUAGAAAUAUUAUCUAUUUAUUUAUUUUGAGAAAAUUGUAAGUUUGUUCUCUAUAUAUUCGCGUGAGAGUUCCUGCCUAUGUCAGUAUCUCUUUCUGAAGAAGCUAAUUUCUUCCUACAAGAUGGAUCAUCUGCUUAUGAAUACACGACCACUCUUCUCACUAACCUACCAUGCCAUCUUUCUUCUGUUCCUCUCUUUAUCCAUCUCAAAAUUUUCCUUAGCUACCACACUUUCAAACGAAACUGAUAAACUUACACUGCUCGAAUUCAAGUCCCACAUAGAUAGCCCUCUUAAUGUCCUGGCUUCUUGGAAUGACUCUUUCCAUUUCUGCCAAUGGGUUGGGGUCACUUGUGGCAACAAACACCAAAGAGUCAUCGGUUUGGACCUAAAGAACAAUAAGUUGGUAGGCACCAUAUCACCCCACAUUGGAAAUCUUUCUUUCCUUCGAUCCCUCAACCUUGCAACUAACUCUUUCCGUGGUGGAAUUCCUUCAGAAGUUGGUUACUUAACCAGGCUUCGAAAUUUGAACCUGAGUCAUAAUCCAAUAUUGGGAGGGGAAAUUCCAGUCAAUCUUUCUCACUGUUCCAACCUACAGUAUCUUGAUCUCCAGUACAACGAUUUAGUACAAGGAAUCCCUUCAGAACUUGGCUUUUUGUCAAAACUUCAGAUACUGAUUCUUUACAACAAUCGUCUAAGUGGACGGUUCCCACCUUCUCUGGGGAACUUGUCCUCUCUCCAAAAGCUUACGUUUUCAUAUAACAAUUUGGAGGGAGAAAUCCCAAAUACAGUAGCCCAAAUGAAAAGCUUGACAUCUUUUAAAGUAUCAGUUAAUCAUCUUUCUGGGGUGUUUCCACCUUCCCUCUACAAUUUAUCAUUGCUCACACGUAUUGCCUUGACUGAUAACAACUUCACUGGUAACCUCAACCCCAACUUGGGCAUUGCUCUUCAAAAUCUGCAGAUACUUUAUAUAGGAGGUAACCAAUUUACAGGAACAAUUCCAGUUUCAUUGUCCAAUGUGUCAGACAUUAAAGCGCUUGAAAUCUCAAAAAAUCAAUUUACAGGAACCAUUCCUAUGAGUUUUGGUAAUCUACUAAAUCUUCAAUGGUUUGGUGCUUAUUCUAAUCUUCUUGGAAAUAACUCAAUUGAUGAUUUGAGUUUUCUGAGUUCUUUGAACAAUUGCAGCCAGUUAAACUAUCUGGAUGUCGACUACAACCAGCUUGGAGGGAAUAUUCCAUCUUCAAUUGGAAAGCUCACAAACUUGAACUGGUUGUACUUGGAUGAAAACAAAUUGACUGGGGUGAUCCCGUCUUCCAUUGGCAACAUGACUCGAUUACUAAAUCUCUACUUGGGGAAUAACAACUUAGAAGGGAGCAUACCCACUAGUCUUGGAAGGUGUAGCCACCUGCAAGAGGUAUACCUUGCCCAUAAUAAAUUAAAUAGCACCAUACCCGAGCAACUUUUUGGCCUUCCUCUAGUCAAAUUUGACGUGUCUCAUAACUCCUUGACCGGUUUUUUACCACCAGAUUUUGGAAACCUGAAAUUUCUUGUUUUACUAGACGUUUCAUACAACAAAUUUUCCAAAGAGAUUCCAGCCCAGCUAGGGGAGUGUUUGGCCUUAGUAACACUUUAUAUGCAAGGCAACUCCUUUGAAGGAACCAUUCCCGUCCUAAGUAAGUUAAAAGGUAUUCAAUAUCUUGAUCUUUCCCACAACAACUUGUCCGGCCAAAUCACAAUCUAUAUGGCUAAUUUUCCCGUGUUGCAAACUUUAAACCUGUCUUUCAACAAUCUUGAGGGAGAUGUACCUGUAGAAGGGGUCUUCAGAAAUGCUAGUGCAGUUGAAGUUGAAGGCAACACUGGUCUUUGUGGGGGGAUCCGAGAGCUGCAUUUGCCUACAUGCCCCAUUCAAAGAUCCAAGAAACACAAAAAGCAUUUUGCUUUUAAAUUGAUACUGGCAAUAAGCAUUGCAGCUGCUUUCUGCUUGACAUUGUUUUCUUUGAUGGCUCUUUCCUGGUUGAAAAAGUCAAAGAAAAAAAGCCUUUCCAUUUCCACCUUUGGACCCUCCUACCAAAAGAUCUCGUAUAAAGAAUUACUCGAUGCAACUGAUGGAUUCUCUUUGGAGAAUUUGAUUGGUUCAGGUAAUUUUGGUAGUGUCUAUAAAGGAAAACUUGGUCCAGAUGAAACACAUGUUGCAGUCAAGGUACUCAAUCUUCAAAAGCAAGGAGCUUCCAAGAGUUUCAUUGCCGAAUGUGAAGCCUUGAGGAACAUCCGGCAUCGAAACCUCGUUAAGAUUCUGACUGCUUGUUCGAGUAUUGAUUUUAAGGGCAAUGAUUUUAAAGCUUUAGUAUAUGAGUUCAUGCCAAAUGGAAGCUUGGAGAUGCAGUUACAUCCUGAAGAUGGGCUCAAGCAAUUGAGAAGUUUAAAUCUUCUUCAAAGAAUCAACAUUGCUAUAGACGUGGCUUCGGCUUUGCUUUAUCUUCAUCAUCACUGCCAAACCCCUAUUAUUCAUUGUGAUCUAAAGCCAAGCAAUAUUCUUCUCGAUGAUGAUAUGAUUGCUCAUAUAAGUGAUUUUGGUUUGGCUAGACUCCUUUCGAAAUCUGGGAAGGAAGCUUUUCUUAAUCAAUUAAGCUCAGUAGGGAUUAAGGGAACUGUUGGAUAUGCUGCUCCAGAAUAUGGAAUGGGUAGUCAACUUUCAACUAAUGGGGAUGUCUACAGCUUUGGGAUUCUCUUAUUGGAGAUGUUAACUGGAAGAAGACCCACUGAUAAACUAUUCAAAGAUGACCUGAACCUUCACAACUUUGUUAAGUUGGCAUUGCCGGGACGAGUGAUGGAGAUUGUGGACCAUUCAAUUUUCAACAAAGCAGGAGAAAAUGAUAACAUGGAUUCAAGUUGGAGUGACUGGACAAGUGGACAAAUUGAAUGCUUGAUAUCGGUCUUUCAGAUUGGACUUGCAUGUUCAGCACAAUCUCCUUUAGACAGAAUGGACAUGAACAGAGUAGCCCUGGAAUUGUUUUCAAUUAAAAGGCAAAUUCCUUUGGAAGCUUAACGUUACAGGCAAAGCCAAAGAUUAGGUAUCCACAGUAGUUAAUUAGGUUUUUAUAUUUAUUUAGUUAUUCUAUAGUCAAGGGUAUUUUAGUAAUUAUAUAAUUGUUGGGUAUGGGCUGGGUUUUCUUCUAUUAAUAAGUAAGUCUUAUUUAAUUUAUGGGUUCAUAUGUAUGGUUUUUUGUUUAAUUCAAUUAGUAAGUUGUCAUGUACGGAUAAUAUUGUAAUGUUUUAUAUAAGAUGGUUUUGAAGAA